CCCAAACAACCACAACCACCCAACAUGAAAUAAUAUCACCAUUCCAAAGCAUCUAACAGUCAAAACCCAACCUAAACCACUACCACCCAAAGCAUCUAACAUCCAAGACGUCAUCCUAUUCAAUCUAUACAACAACCUUCAACCUAUACACUCUCUUCAACCUCCCCACCCCCUCCGUCUUCUUCAAAGUCUAUCUCUCAACAUACAACCACCUCUUCACCCUUACCAUCAGCUCAACCUACUUCAGCAAACCAUUCACCCACAACCAUGUACCCUUCCACAUCCUUCUCAACACGCCUAACCCCCUUUUCUCCCUCACCGGACCACGUCGUAUCUCCCCCUCACUCACCUAGAUCCCUACCUACAUUCAUCCGUCGAAUCAGUAUACUACUAUCCAUCAUCAUAGGUGCUUCAGCUCUCGUGGGAUUAACUUGGAAUCGAUUGUUUUUACCUCUGUUACACGCCACUUUCUCCGCUCGACAAGUAUUGACCGACCAACAAUUAUCUCGAUGGGAGAUAAUUUCAUCAAAGAUCAAAGAAAUACGUUCUAGGAAGUUUUAUGGAUUGGAAGUUUCUGACGACACCGGUUCUUCCAAUCCUCCGAAAGGUAUGAAAGAAUCAAUGAAAGAUGGACGAUUGGUCGAUGAGAAUGUCCAAAAUGUUUUGGAAGAGGAAAGAAAUGCAACUCUGAAAAAGGAUAUGAAUGAGAAUAACCAAGACGACCAUAUCAAUGGAGAUAUCAGUCUUAAUAUUGAUGAAAACCAACAAAUACCUCGAGAUGAUAUUAUUCAGAAGAAUGAAGACCGACAGAACGAACAUGUACCAAAACCGAUCCACAUUAAAAAACCUAAUUUAAUGCUAUGCGAGGAGAAAACAUUCAUGAAAUUGAUAAACACCUUUGAAAAUCUAUCAACAACUUUAGAAAUCACUCAAACAACAAGAAUAUCAUUAUUAUCAACAUUAGAAAAUUUCACUUCUUCUUUACAUCGUGAAAUGUUUUUGAAGGUUAAUCCUAGUCUAUCAACUAAUUUCAAUGUUAAAUCUAACCCUUCUUCGAAAUCAUCUUUUAAAACGAAUCCGACUCUUCUUUCGAAGGAUUGGUUGGGGAAUAAGAAUGAUCUUUUAAAUGAUUCAUCUGGGAUUCUUCCGUAUACCUCUUCUGUAAAAUCUAGUAGUUCAGCCAAGAUGACCUCGAUAGGGAUGCAGGAAGGAGGGAUGGGAUUGGGAUUGGGAUUGGGGACGGGAGUGGGAUUGGGAAUGGGAUCGGGAAUGGGAAUGGGAAUGGGGUUGGAAGACAAGAAUGAAGAUUGGGAUAAGGUUAGGAAAGAAAUCAGAGCUGUUAAAGGUUUAUUAUUAGGUCGAAGAAAUUUCGGAACUUGAUUCUUUCUUCUCCAUACCUCUACCCUCUCCUCAAACCACAGACCACAAAUCACAAAUCACAAAUCACAAAUCACAAAUCACAAAUCACAAAUUCCAAGUCUGAAAUCCCGCUUCCUGGUGUCGAUGACGGUCAAUUUAGUUUGUAGGGUUGUUCAGAGGACGUCGGUCAGUUGGUGUUUAUAGAAUAGACGUAUGAGACGGAAGAAUUCGGUGUAUGUUCAAGUAACGAGACGGAAUAUAAAAACAUGCAAAAGUUGACAAUAA